UCGCUGCCAAUAUGAAGCAUUUCGUACUCUUGACGCUGCUGUGCGGCCUGGUCAGCUGUGAUCUGUCUGCCGUCAAGCGUCCGUUGGUCUUCAGCAACGGCAACUGGCCUCCCAAGAGCGCCAACCAGCUGUCUCGCCAUCCAGCUGCCUCAGCCAACGGGAAGCAGCGCACCUUGGUCGUUCAGAUUCGCAGUGAUCAGCCAGUGCCAUUGGUGUUGAAGGGUCGUCCCGGCGCCCACACACACGCCCAUCAGCACCUCGGCUCACACUCGCACCUGCACUCUCACGCUCACCUGCAUGGCCACGCCCACUCUCACGCACACACACACCUGUUGCAUGGAGCCGCGCCUCAGCACUUGCGUGGCGUUCGCCCACUGAAGCUCAGCGCUCCAGUCUACCUGAAGCCGGCAGGCAGUCUGCGCAAACCGUUGAAGAUCAAGUUGAGCAACUCGAAGCCGCACUCGAAGCCCACCUUCGGAUACGAGAAGCCCUUCAAGUACGAGAAGCCCACUGCGGUCGCCUAUAGCGAACUGCAGAACUUGCCGCUGGACACACACAACAACUACAACACCGAGCACUUUGCACCAAUUUACACGGUACCCGCACCCAAUCUGGCCCAGCACCACGAUCACGACAAUCAGAUUGACGACGGCCUAAACACUGCAUACCUGCCCCCACAACAGCAACAACAACCACAGUUGAGCACUCAACGUCCCCAGAGCAGCUAUUACAGCGUGCAUGAGGACGAGACAAAUGAUAAAACGAUUCGUGAUCCCAUUUCGGGUUCGCAGAAACUCUUUGCCCCAGAUCCAGACCCAUCUUUGCCCACCACUAAGGUGAAGAUCGCCACGGAGAGCUUUAACACGCCGAGCAACAACCAGCCCCUGCCGUCGGAUGUGCAAAGCAACCAUCUGCCCGCGCAGCCAUUGGUCCAGAUUGUGGGUGCUCAGGCAGCAGCACAGACAGUGCCCAUCUAUCCAAUCCAGUUCACGCAGCAGCAGACGACACAGCCCUUCAUCGCCGCAGCCCUGCCUGCCGCCCAAAUACCCAUCUACAAUCCUACCUAUCUGGUCACCCAGUCCAAUCAGCUUUACAGCCAGCACAAGCAGCAGCUCUUCAAGCCCAGCGUGGAGCACGUCGUUGAGACCGGCUAUGUCAACGCCGACCUGACGCAAGAGGUGGCCAGCAACGGGCAAAUUCUGCAGGCCGCCAAGGAUACGCAACACAAUAUCCAUCCAGUGCUGGACUCGGCUCCACAAUAUGCCGCAUUAAUCGCUGCUCCUGCACUGAGCGAGCCCGCAGAGCCUGUGUAUGAUACGGCGCCCUUCCACUUGACCAAUGUCGCCGCAUCAGUGAGCUCCACAGCACCCGAGGGCGGAUUUGUGGUGUCCAACUAUUAUGGAAAUUCGCACGACUCUUCGCAGCUGCUGCAAGCUUAUGCCGAGGAAGAAGCCCGACGGCAGCAACUGGAAACUGAGCAGGCUGCACUUGAGCUUCAAAAACAACAGCAGCAUCAGCUGCAAUUGGAAGAGCUGCAUGCUCAGGCACAGGCUCAUGCACAGCUGCAGCAGCAAUACCAACAAGAACUGCAGCAGCAACAACAACAGCAAUAUCAACACGAGUUGCAGUUGGAAGAGCUGAAGGCUCAGGCACAUGAGCAACACUUGCAGCAGCAGCAACAUCAGCAACAACUUCAAAUUCACCAACUGCAACAGCAGCAUCAGCAGCAACAGUUACAGCUGCAACAGCAACAGCAGCAACAGCUGCAGCAGCGUCAACCCACAGAUCCGGCGGCUGCUGCUUUCGAGGAGCAUCAGCGUUUGGUACAGCAGCAACUGGGCAGCACUACACCUUUGCGUAUUUUUGUUCCAGAUGAAGAAACACCGGAGACGCGUCUACAAAAACGCUCGGAUAAUCUCAAGAAGGGCUCAUUUGAAGAUGUCUCCACGCUGCAGUCGAAUGAUGCAUCAAAGGAUUUGUAUCCCGUUUCAACUUCUGUGGAAGUGUCAGGCAGUCAAACAGAUGCUGACAACGAAUAGGAAUAUAUCAUUGUUAUGGACAUAGUUAUUAGCGGACUUUAAAUAUUUAUUUUACAACACACAUUUGUAAAUGUAAUCAUAUAGAAAGAGUCGAUAGUGUAAUUAAUAAAU